GUUCCUUCAGAACUGCUCUAUGUGUAAAGAAAGGCACAACCGUAGUGUGAAAGGAUAGUGGAGGACUCUGUUGUCAUGCCGACCCGAAAGAUAACACUGCUGGAAGCCUGGGAGAGAAACAGGACCUUUCGGAGGAAGAAAGCUAAAGACCUGAAAAUAUGUCCUCGUCUACUCCCACUGCUGAGAGACCCCGGUGUGGUUGCAUCCCUCACCCAGCAGAAUGCCAAGAUGGUCGCCCUGCUCCCUCCCACAGGCACCGAAGUGUUCCGCCACUUCACCCUUGAGUCGCUGGUGGAGAUUGAUAGGCGGAUGGCCGAGGAAGCAAAGGAGCAGGAGAGACAAAAGACCCUGAACAUUGAGGUGGCAGAGCAGGACCUGCCAAAGCCAGCCGUCGACCUGGAGACCGGCAAGAUCCUGCCGUUCAUCUACGGAGACCCACCAUGUGAGCUGUUCAACACACCCCUGGAGGAACUGGAUCCUUUCUACAAAUCACACAAAACCUUUAUUGUCAUCACCAAAAGGAAUACAAUCUUCAGAUUCAAUGCUGAGCCUGCCUGCUACAUUCUGACUCCCUUCAGUAUUCUCAGGAGAGGAUCCAUCAAAAUUCUCAUGCAUUCAUUGUUUAGCAUGUUCAUCAUGUUGACAGUCGUGUUCAACUGUGCGUUUAUGACGAUCAGUGACCCUCCGGCAUCGAGUAAAACUGUUGAAUAUGUUUUCACUGGUAUCUAUACCUUUGAGGCAACAAUUAAAGUGUUUUCCAGUGGCUUCUGUGUUGGAGAUUUCACAUACUUUCGAGAUCCAUGGAACUGGCUGGAUUUCAUUUUGAUCAGCAUGACGUACCUCACAGAGUUUGUUGACCUGGGCAACGUGUCUGUCUUCAGGAUGUUCCAUGUACUCCGAGCCCUUAAAAUAAUCACUGUAAUUCCCGGUCUGAAAACCAUUGUGGGCACUCUGAUCAUGUCAGUGAAGAAGCUGGCUGAUGUGAUGAUCAUAACAGUGUUCUGCCUGGCUGUGUUCGCUAUGAUCGGCCUGCAAAUGUUCAUGGGAAACCUGAAGCAGAAGUGUGUUGACUGGCCCCCUGGUGAAUGGCAUUUCAACUCCACCUACAUGGGCAACAUCAAUAUGGCUAAUGGUUUUAAUGACGUUAUGGGCUACAAUGACACGAACACCGGCAACAGCACAUGGGACUUGAAGGCAUACAUCAACGAUAAAGCAAACCAUUACUUCCUUCCUGGAAUGUUAGACCCUCUUCUUUGUGGAAACGCUUCUGAUGCUGGAAUAUGUCCUGAAGGAUACACGUGUAUGAAGGCCGGAGGGAAUCCCAACUAUGGAUACACAAGCUACGACAAUUUUGGAUGGGCCUACCUUGCCCUAAUUCAGCUCAUGACACAGGACUUCUGGGAAAAUCUACUCCAGCUGACUCUUCGCUCAGCAGGGAAAACCUACAUGAUUUUCUUUGUGGUGGUGAUCUUCCUGUGCUCGUUCUACCUGAUCAACCUGAUCCUAGCUGUGGUGGCCAUAGCGCAUGCUGAGCAGAACGAGGCCACCAGGGCCGAGGCCAAGGAGAAGGAGGCGGAGUAUGCCAUGAUCAUGGUGCAGCUGAAGGAAAGGAGAGAAGCGGAGGUCAAAGAGAGGGCCAGUAGACCCAAGCGGAGUAAGGACCAGCUGGAAGUAGCAGGCCUUCAGAAGAAGACACCCAGUUCACCCAGUGUCUACAGCCAAGAUGCCAUGGACGAUUUGGAGGGGGAACUGAGGCCUUGUCCUCCUUGCUGGUACAAGUGUUCAGAUGUCUUCCUGAAAUGGAACUGCUGUGUGCCCUGGGUGACUUUCAAGAAGUGGGUGUACUUCAUAGUGAUGGACCCAUUCAUGGACUUGGUCAUCACCAUCUGCAUUGUACUCAACAUCAUGUUCUUGGCCAUGGAGCACUACCCCAUGACAAUAGAGUUUGAAGAAGUGCUGAGUGUGGGGAACUUGGUCUUCAUAGGAAUCUUCACAGCAGAGAUGGUGCUGAAGCUCAUCGCCAUGGAUCCGUACUACUACUUCCAGGUCGGGGGGAACAUCUUCGACAGCAUCAUUGUGGCAAUCAGCCUGAUGGAGCUGUGGCUGGCCGACGUCGAGGGUCUUUCCGUGCUUCGCUCCUUCCGUCUGAUGCGCGUUUUCAAGCAGACCAAAUCCUGGCCCACACUCAACAUGACAAUCAAGAUCAUCGGUAAUUCAGUGGGCACCCUGGUUAACAUCACUCUGGUUCUGGCCAUCAUCGUCUUCAUGUUUGCCGCGGGGGGCAUGCAUCUCUUCGGCAAGAGCUACAAAGAGUGUGUCUGCAAGAUCUCCUUGGACUGCGAGCUGCCCCGCUGGCACAUGGAAAACUUCUUCCACGCUUUUCUCACCAUCUUCCGAGUGCUGUGCGGAGAGUGGAUCGAGACCAUGUGGGAAUGCAUGGAGGUGGCCGGACAGGGCAUUUGUCUCGUCUUCUUCAUGAUGGUCAUGGUCAUCGGUAAACUAGUGGUGUUGAACCUCUUCUUGACCUUUCUGCUGAGCUCGUUCAGCCGUUACAACCUGGCGGCUCCAGAGGAGGACGGGGAGAUGAACAACCUGCAGAUCGCCACCAGCAGGAUUACCAGGGGCAUGAACUGGGCCAAGGCAUACGUCAUCAAGCAGUUCUGCAUUAUCAUAGGCAACCAGACUAAGGAGGAUGGAGACGGGGCUGACGGUAAUGGGGGUAGUAAUGGGGAUGUGGACGGCCUCCCAAAGGACAGCUUGGCUUUGAAAAAUAUCAAUUCCAGUGACAACACAAAGGCUGAUUUGGAGCUCAAAAUGCUGGACCAUGUAAACCCAAGUGGAUUUCUUGCACAUGCGAAUUUGACCCUGGAUGUACCCAUUGCCAAAAUGGAGUCUGAUGAUGAUGAGGAUGACAGUUCUGAAGUGAAAGGAGAAGGCAGAAAUGAGGAUGCUAAGCGAAGGAAACCUAUUGCACAGGACAAUGCCUCUUUGAUCUGCAGGACAAGUGUGGAAGUGGAGAAAGAAGAGGCAAACCCCACCAGCCCUGAGAACUGCUGGACUGAGUCAUGUAUUGGACGAUGCCCUUGCCUUGAUUGUGACAUCACCACAGGGAAAGGAAAAACUUGGUGGAACUUCAGGAAGACAUGCUUCCUCAUUGUGGAGCACAACUACUUUCAGUCCUUUAUCAUCUUCAUGAUCCUGAUGAGUAGUGGAGCUUUGGCUUUUGAAGACAUACACAUUGAACAGCGCAGGACCAUAAAAGUCAUCCUGGAAUAUGCUGAUCAAGUCUUCACCUACGUGUUCAUUAUUGAGAUGCUCUUGAAGUGGGUGGCUUACGGAUUCCAGGCCUACUUCACAAACGCAUGGUGCUGGCUGGACUUCCUCAUUGUGAAUGUGUCUGUGAUUAGUUUAACGGCUAACAUCCUGGGCUACGCUGAACUUGGGUCAAUCAAAUCUCUUCGAAAGUUACGGGCUUUGCGGCCCCUCCGCGCCCUGUCCAGAUUUGAGGGAAUGAAGGUGGUGGUGAACGCUCUGGUGGGGGCCAUUCCUUCCAUUGUCAAUGUGCUUCUAGUGUGCGUCACCUUCUGGCUCAUCUUCAGCAUCAUUGGAGUCAACCUGUUUGCUGGGAAGUACUACUACUGCUUCAAUACCACGUCUGAGGAGAUGUUCUCUGCUGACAUUGUGAACAACAUGACCGAAUGCAUCCAACUAACAGAGGGUAAUGCCGACGUGCGCUGGAUGAACUCAAAGAUCAACUUUGACAACGUGGCCAUGGGCUACCUUUCCCUCCUGCAAGUAGCAACAUUUAAAGGAUGGCUGGGUAUAAUGUAUGGCGCUGUGGAUUCACGUACUGUGGGAGAGCAACCCAUGUAUGAGGAUAAUGUUUACAUGUACAUCUACUUUGUCAUGUUCAUCAUCUUUGGGACCUUCGUCAUGCUGAAUCUCUUCAUUGGUGUCAUUAUCGACAACUUCAACCAGCAAAAAAAGAAGUUUGGAGGGAAAAACAUUUUCAUGACAGAGGAACAGAAUAAAUACUACAAUGCCAUGAAAAAGCUUGGUUCCAAGAAGCUACAGAAACCCAUUCCUAGACCCAAGAACAAAUUCGCAGGCAUUGUUUAUGACCUGAUCACCAACCAAUUCUUCGAGGUCUUCAUUAUUGUGCUGAUCUGCCUCAGCAUGGUAACGAUGAUGGUGGACACGGAUGACCAGAGCGAGGAGAAGGAUAGCAUCCUCUUCUUCAUCAACCUGGUGUUUAUCUUCAUCUUCGUCGCAGAGUGUAUCCUCAAGUUGAUCGGAUUGCGGCAAUAUUAUUUUACCGUCGGAUGGAAUAUUUUAGAUUUUGUCGUCGUCAUUCUCUCCAUCCUUGGUUUACUGCUGGCGGACCUCAUAGAGAAGUAUUUUGUCUCACCUACCCUUUUCCGUGUCGUAAGACUGGCCAGGAUUGGUCGAGUUCUGAGACUUAUCCGAGGAGCUAAAGGCAUCCGGACACUGUUGUUUUCCCUGAGGAUGUCACUUCCAGCUAUCUUCAACAUUGGGCUCCUGCUCCUUCUCAUCAUGUUUAUCUUCUCCAUUUUUGGAAUGUCCAACUUUGCAUAUGUCAAAAAGGAGGCCGGAAUAGACGAUAUGAUCAAUUUUGAAACUUUUGGCAACAGUAUAAUUUGUCUGUUCACGAUCACAACCUUAGCCGGUUGGGACAGUGUCCUCUCACCCAUGAUGAGUAGUACACCUCCGAACUGUGACCCGUACAUUGAAAAUCCAGGCACAGAUGUAAGAGGCAACUGCAGCAGCCUUGGUUGGGGAAUUCUUUUUAUCUGCAGCUACAUCAUCAUGUGUUUCUUUCUUGUGGUCAACAUGUACAUUGCCGUUAUUCUCGAGAACUUCAAUGUUGUCAUCGAGGAGAGCGGCAACCCGCUGUGUGAGGAAGACUUUGAGAUGUUCUAUGAGACCUGGGAGAAGUUCGACCCUGACGCGUCACAAUUCGUCGCCUACGACAUUUUGUCGGAGUUCUGUGACACGCUUAAAGACCCGCUCAGGAUCCCCAAACCCAACGCAAUCAAGCUGAUCACCAUGGACCUUCCCAUUGUCCCUGGGGAUAAGAUCCACUGUCUGGACAUCCUGCUGGCGCUGACCACAGAGGUGCUGGGAGAAUCAGGGGAGAUGGAUGCCAUGAAGGAGAGCAUGGAGGAGAAGUUCAUGGCCAAAAACCCCUUUAAAGUGUCAUUCAAGCCAAUCACCACCACCCUGAGGCGAAAGCAGGAGGAGGUAGCAGCUGUUGUCAUUCAGAGAGCCUAUUGUAAGCAUCUGCUGAGAAGUUCGAUGAAACUCGCUUCCUACAAGUACCAUGAGAAGAAAGAGUUAACCAAGGAGGACGAAGCGCCGCCAGAGCAGGAAGGAAUGAUUGCCAUCAGAAUGAGCAAACUGUAUGAAAGCCAACAAUCGCUCGGAGUGGAUGAAACCGUUGUAGAUAUGGAUUCUUAUGUAAAACGGGAGAGAAAAGAACUGACAGCGACACAACUUCCUGUGGUGACUACUGAAACGCCGCCGCCUGUGGAGCUUCAGAACGAGAUCAUCUCGCACUCUGCCCCCUUUGUCAUCCCGGCCUCAACCCAUAACUCACAGCUGAAAGAGUCCCAUGUUUGAAAAGCUAGUGCAACCAACGGAUAAACACUUCAUCAUCAUGGUCUUCUGCCUUUGACGAUGAGACCGCUUCUUCAUCUCCAAAGUCCAACUUUGGUAUGUUUGGCUUGGGUCAGAGUCUGAGUUUCUUGCUAACUAAGUCUUUGAGGGACACAUUGAGCCCACCCCACUGAAUCUAAGCGAUUGCAUAGAGAUGAUGGUUAUAACGAAUAUAGCAGUCAAUGUUAAUUGAUGUUGAUGAUAACCUGGAAUGUAUUGACUGAGAAAUCAUAGCUAUUGUUGGCAAGACAAUCACCAAAGCCUGAGUUGAAAGUUUUGGCCCAUUUUAUGGAUGCAAGCCCAGUUGUGGUAGCAGACCCCUUGUAAUAUAUAGUUGAGAUCAUUUGAGAAUUAAAUAACCUAAGAGAUAGUUAGCAAUGUAUAAGAUAAUAAUAAGUGAAUUAAACUCCAUCUCACAAGUGAGUAGGGACCUGACUCCUAUGGUUUUACUCUUAACACAAAAACAUACUUUCAGUCCCCUGAAAGUAAUUUAAUAAAUAUGUUCCUUUUCGUAUUUUUUAUACCUUUUUUAUUCAACUGUUUGUUGGGUUAGCAGGAAGCCUAGUGGGUCGAGCGUUGGACCAGUAACUGAAAGGUUGCUAGAUUGAAUCCCUGAGCUGACAAGGUAAAAAUAUGUUGUUCUGCCCCUGAACAAGGCAGUUAAACCACUGUUCCUAGUCUGUCAUUGUAAUUAAGAAUUUGUUCUUAAUUUGUUCUUAACUGACUUGCCUAGUUAAAUAAAUAUAACAUAUUCUACUGCACUUGCAGUAUUAAUUGCAAUGAAAAAGGCAAGCAAUAAUCUCAUCUGUAUCUUCGAAGUUGAAAUAUGACUUCAAAAACAGGAUUCUCAAGAAUGUUAUGGAUUUUUCAUAUGGAAUCUGACUUUUGGUGCAUAUGUCAUUUUAAUCUAAACUUGUAUGACUUCCCUAUAAUUUUCCAAAUACCAGUACAAGAACGUCAAAGAAAAAUUUUGAAAAUAUUUUUUAUUGAAUACAAUUCUAUUUUGAAGUUAUUAUUUGUCUGGAGUUUGGUUUGACGUAUUCGGCCAACACUUUUGUGUGUUAAUUUUUUAAGGUAUUAAAGCAAAUACUAACACUGGGAUUUAUAGUAUAUACAAAGUAUUUUAUAUUUUUUUUACCCAAAACAUAUUUAGUAACAAAUAUGACCUGUGCCUUUAACAUCUGAAAAUGAGAACACUUUAAUGAAAAAACAGGUUUAGAAAACAGAUUGAGAAAGGAUUUGCGUUUGCAAUUAGGAUCGGACCCUUUUUCUCAAUUUUCGCCUAAAAUUACAUACCCAAAUCUAACUGCCUCUAGCUCAGGACCUGAAGCAAGGAUAUGCAUAUUCUUGAUACCAUUUGAAAGGAAACACUUUGAAGUUUGUGGAAAUGUGAAAGUAAUGUAGGAGAAUAUAACACAUUAGAUCUGGUAAAAGAUGUAACAAAGAAAAAAACGUGUUUUUUUUGUAUUGUUUUGUAUUUUUUGUAUUUUUGUAUUAUUUGUACCAUCAUCUUUGAAAUGCCAUGAUGUAUUUUACCAGCCCAGGCGCAUUUUAGAUUUUGAAAAUGUUUUUGUUACUUACACCCUCAUGCUAAUCACAUUAGCCUACAUUAGCUCAAUCAACCGUUCCAUGACACACACACACACACACACACACACACACACACACACACACACACACACACACCUAUCCCGUAGAGGUAACUAAUUCUGCUGAAUAACAACUAAUUUGUCAAAUUUUUACACUGUCAGUUUUCUUUUAUUGUCGAAUUUCUUAAUUUUCUGUAUAUUUUCCUUUGAUUAUAUUUUUAAGGAAAUUAACUUUCCUUUUGAGUUUUUCUCAUUGUAGUAACACAACUAACCUACUGUAGUAACACAAGUACUGUAGUAAUACAAGUACUACUAACAGUGUUCGGUUUUUAUUAUUUGUGCUAUUAAGCAGUAUGAUGAUAGAAAUGAAUAAUGACAUAUUUUUACAAUAUGCUGAAAAUGUACUGGUCAGUUUAUUGGAACAUGGGGCUUGUAACACCAGAGUUGUUGCUUUUGGUUUUCACAUUUUUACAAUUGAUACUAAUACACCCCGAUAAGCACAAUCAAGCACACUGCAAAUUCUUUGGAAACUUGUGUGAGAAACACAUGGAUUAAUUACACAUGCAUGGAACCACCUUGAAACAAUGUGUGGAGGACAACUUAGAUAACAUAAGUACAUUUUUCUAUUUAUUUCAGGGAUUCAAUAAUUCUAACCAGUUUUUACUUCAUUUGAAUUAAGGACAAAUACUAAGCUAGCAAUGGCAUACUUUUGUAUAAGAGCUUCUAUGUUUGUUAAAUCAAGUGUGCCUAUUUGUAAGUGCUACCUACAACAGCAGUUCAUCCAAAGGGAGACUGGUUUGCCUGUAAAUCAUGUUCUGCGCACUGUGUGAACAUUCAAACGGAGGACCUUGGAAUUGUGAAAUGGAAAUAACAUAGAUGUCAUGCACCAUUGUUUACAAAACGAAUACUGUGUGAAAGUGAUAGAGAAGGACGGUUAUAUUGCAUUUUUUUACUGAGGCUGAAUGUGUGCUGUCAGCGUGGCCUGUAAACAUUGUAUAUUCACUGCUCAACUGUGGAGGAGUUUGGAGAUUAUUACUUUGUAUUAUUGAUCUGAAUAGUGUUUAAUUCAUGUAAUGAUAGACUGACUAUAAAGGCAAAUACACAGAAGUACAUAUUAUACUUUAUAAUUUUACUUUCUAACAAUUCUAAUACAUUUCUAAUAAAAAAAAGAUAGAUGUG